AGGUAAUAUUUGAAGCAGUUUCAGUUCAAGGCCGUCCAGGUUUCAUCGCCAUCGACGACAUAAGAGUUCUGGCUCACCCCUGCCGUAAAGCUCCUCACUUCCUGCGUCUGCAGAAUGUGGAGGUGAACGUGGGUCAGAAUGCUACGUUUCAGUGUACUGCUGGAGGGAAGUGGUCUCAGCACGAUAAACUCUGGCUACAGCAGUGGAACGGUAGGGACACGGCACUGAUGGUGACCCGGGUGGUGAACCACCGGCGUUUCACUGCAACCGUCAGCGUUGGCGACACAUCGCAGCGCAGCACCAGCCGCUAUCGCUGCGUCAUCCGAUCUGACGGCGGAUCAGGGGUGUCCAACUACGCUGAACUCAUCGUUAAAGCUCCUCCCACCCCCAUCGCUCCACCUGAGCUCCUCGCUGUCGGGGCCACUUACCUUUGGAUCAAACCCAACGCCAACAGCAUCAUCGGCGACGGGCCCAUCAUCCUGAAGGAGGUGGAGUACCGAACCACCUCAGGAAACUGGGCGGAGACCCACGUGGUAGACUCCCCUACCUACAAACUGUGGCAUCUGGACCCAGACGUGGAGUACGAGAUCAAAGUCCUGCUGUCCAGACCUGGGGAGGGAGGAACGGGCCCCCCGGGGCCGCCGCUGGUCACAAGGACUAAAUGUGCAGUGCGGUGGCUAGCUGGAUCCAAAGCUUGUGUCAGGGAAGGAGAACAAAUCGGCUCCUUCAUGGCCCGCUGA